AGCUUUUGGGGACUGUGGUACCCGAAGGCUGCCAGCUGCCUGACCUAAGAUUUACGAGUGGUUCCAAGGAUGAGACAAGGUCCCAGUGUCUGGGUGACAACAAGGUCUUUGAUGAACAGCCGGGAGCUGCAGUUGGGGAGGGAGAGGAGGCCUGUGGCAGGGACCGAGAGCCCCUGAAUUUCCUCCCCGCAGGAGUUGGGCGCCUGGCGCCAUCAGCAUGCGGAGCCGCGCUCGCGCCGUCCUUGAAGGGCUGCCCGGCUGACCUUGCUCCGCAUUCUCCGGAGAAAUCUCCCGGAGAGCGUGAGGACGCGGCCACCGCGGUGACUCAGUGCCCUGCGCGCCGCAUGCAAAUACCCCCCCUCCAGCAAGCACAGCUCCGCAGCAGCGGCUUCCCUUUCCUGCCUCCUUUUUUAAUUCCACAAUUCAAACCCGGCGUUUUCCGCUCCACCCUCCCCCUCUCCACCGCCCGCCAGUCAUUAGCCAGACUGUCCGGGUGUUUUGUCCCCCACCUCCCAUCUGCAAAACUGAAGGCCAACCUUCGCGCUCCGUCGCUGCGGGCGCGGGGAUCGGACUUAGCCCGCCGGUGCAGGACACCACGAACCGGAGCGCGACCGGAGGGGGCGGCGCGCUGCGCUCUCGGGCGCAAGGGUGGACGGCGCCUGGGCCCCGCUCCCCAUUGGCCGCCACCUCCGCGGGAGGGGCUGCCCCGGGUUUGGGGCACUUGGCGUCGCCCCUCCGCAGGGAAAUCGGCGGAUGCCGGGCACUAGCGUCCGAAGGUAAAGGCAUCGGGAGGCAAGGCCCGGGACCGCGGCUGAGCUCCCUGUGGCCAGCCCUGCCCUGCCCGCCGCCCCGGCGCCGGCGACGCUCGGAUGCCCUCUGCUCCGGCCGCUCCAGCCAGAAACUUUGCCCCGAGAAGUCCCCACCAGCCCGACCAUUCCAAGAGGUGCCUGGUCGAUCGUUCGCCCCCCGGGGCCCCGGAGCCCCGCGCGUGAUUGCUGGGACUCCCGGCACCAGGCGUCCGCCGUGCCCCGCCGCGUGCGAGCGGCCGCCAGGAUGCGCUACGCGGAUCCCUCGGCGAACCGGGAUUUGUUGGGGAACCGAACUUUGCUCUUCAUCUUCAUCUGCGCCUUCGCUUUGGUGACCUUGCUGCAACAGAUCUUAUAUGGCAGAAACUACAUCAAGAGAGGCCUCCAGUUUGGUUGGCAGAAUGGCGACCAGCUGGCCAAUUGGACGGGGCUCUUUAAUGUCACGGACGACCCAGCAGUGCAGAGCGACAGUGACUCCAGCUCCAGGUACUUUGAAUUUUACGAGGGUCCUUUAGAAUAUAACUCCACAAGAUGCCUGGAGCUGAGGCACGAAAUCUUGGAAGUGAAGGUGCUGUCCAUGGUGAAGCAGUCGGAGCUGUUCGACAGGUGGAGGAGCCUGCAGAUGUGCAAAUGGGCGAUGAACAUCUCUGAAGCCAACCAGUUCAAGUCCACGCUGUCCCGGUGCUGCAACGCCCCCUCCUUCCUCUUCACCACCCAGAAGAACACUCCCCUGGGGACGAAGCUCAAGUAUGAGGUGGAUACCAGCGGCAUCUACCACAUCAACCAGGAGAUUUUCCGCAUGUUUCCCAAGGACAUGCCCUACUACCGGUCCCAGUUUAAGAAGUGCGCAGUGGUGGGCAACGGAGGCAUCCUCAAGAACAGCCGCUGCGGGAGGGAGAUCAACAGCGCUGACUUUGUUUUCCGGUGCAAUCUACCCCCCAUCUCAGAGAAGUACACCAUGGAUGUGGGGGUGAAGACAGAUGUGGUCACCGUGAACCCCAGCAUCAUCACAGAGAGGUUCCACAAGCUGGAGAAGUGGCGGCGGCCCUUCUACCGCGUGCUGCAGGUGUACGAGAACGCCUCGGUGCUGCUGCCCGCCUUCUACAACACGCGCAACACCGACGUGUCCAUCCGCGUCAAGUACGUGCUGGACGACUUCCAGUCGCCGCAGGCCGUCUACUACUUCCACCCACAGUACCUGGUCAACGUGUCGCGCUACUGGCUCAGCCUGGGGGUGCGUGCCAAGCGCAUCAGCACCGGCCUCAUCCUGGUCACGGCGGCGCUGGAGCUCUGCGAGGAGGUGCACCUGUUCGGCUUCUGGGCCUUCCCCAUGAACCCCUCGGGGCUCUACAUCACCCAUCACUACUACGACAACGUCAAGCCCCGCCCGGGCUUCCACGCCAUGCCCUCCGAGAUCUUCAAUUUCCUGCACCUGCACAGCCGCGGCAUCCUCCGCGUGCACACGGGCACCUGUAGCUGCUGCUGAGGGCGCGAAGGCUGCCCGGCCCCACCCGGCACCCAGACCUCAUCUCUCUUCCCUCCUGCGCCGGGCAGGGCAGUGCGAGGGCCUGGAUGAAAGGCUGCCACACUCCCUCAAUAGUUGAGCUUCAUACUUGGGUCCUGUGCGCCCAGAGGCGGGGCUGGGGGCUGGGGCAGAGGCAGCUCUGUACCAGGCUCCCCUGACCUCAGCCUGGGCCCUGUGCCUCCGCCCUGCCCACAGUAGCAUGCUGCUGGGCCACAGUGCAAGAUCCGGGCCCUGGGGACUGCAAGUGAAUAAAGCACAUUUCCACUCGAUUUUAGCAUCCAAGAGAGCACAAACUGUGGCGGCCUUGUCACAGCGAAAGGAAGGCCCACAAAGAAUGGAAAAGGGGGAGACAGGACAUGUGAGCAUGCGCAAGGUUUAAUUCAGACUUCUGGGUUCCUGAGUUUUAUACCCAGGCCUCGGCCCUGUUUUGCUCUCUAGGGUCUCAGAGCUUAGAGGCCAACCCAGCCACCAGACCUACUGCAAAGACACAGUGACUCAGAGAGAGGUCCAGGGGCUUAUCAACCAAGGUCACACCAACUGAGUCCAUUAAAGUGAUACCGUGAGAUCGAGCACAAGGCCUGUGUGUUAGGAUCUUUACCAAGACACCGUCAGCUGGGGAGAGCCACACCUUUCAAACAUAUCCUCAGAGGCGCGCGAGCACACACACACAACACACAGUCUUGGUGCCUCCACAUUCAGUCCUGCAUUUGCUCUUUUGAUGAGAAGGAAAUAAACCAGACCAGCCAUUUGCACUAAGGUUUUUAAGCCAACGUUAUCGACUUAAUAAGUGCUUAGCGAUUUGCUUCCUGCUCUGUCUCCUUAUUUUCAGCUGUUUUAAACAGGAGUUAUUUAUAAGAUCCGUUCCUCUUUAUGUUCCCGAAUACUGCAGAAUCCAGUUAUAUCGCAUUCCUGAACAGGAACCGUAAGGCUUUGGCUGGAUGGCGCUGACAUGUAACUGGCGAGCUUAGUGGACCAAAGCGCAUCAUGGCCUCUGAUACCAGCAUCACUGAGGGAUCUACUGUAAAGGCGGGACUUCCCACACGGCACAGCCUGGUGGUCCUCAGGCAUAUGGACCCACAGGGCCUGCGCUUUGGGAAAUGAGCUGUGCCUAGGCUGAAGGGGGUUUACCAUGCCGUGCCACGUCUGAAAUCCGUUCCCUCUGCUUCCCCCUGGUGUUUCCGUCAUUAACGCGGCUGUGCCUAAUAGACCCUGUUGGUGAAUUGCCUUAGAAUUCAGCUUUGUGGAGUCAAUGCUAGUGCUUGGGAGACUUCAGCCCCUUCCCUCCCUCAGACCCCUCCCUCCCUUCCCUUUUCCCUUCUCCCCUCCCUCCUGUAAACAGGCCUGUUUCGCAAGCCUGUUCUGCUUUGAUCUGGGGUUGGGCUUGGGAAGACUUGAUGACGACAGGCAUACCUCGUUUUAUUGCACUUCACUUUAUUGAGCUUCA